AAGGAUGACAAUCUAGCUUAGGACUCUCUACCUAGAAGAUGGAGCAAUGGAACCAUCCGAGACAGUCCUACAUCAACCAACAGGAUAACCACUACAUGAUGGAUACAUCAGGCACUAUCAAUAUUAUGGAUAUGGAUGCCUCUGGUCCUCCAAGAAUGAUUGCUUCUGACGAUAUACAAAUAGACUGUUUCGAUUACAAUAAGCCAAUUCAGAGACCCAUGUCACCCGAAGUUCAGAAGGAUGGAGAACGGCCCCAAGGGAGAAUAUCACCCACCUACGCUAGACAAGAGCUAGCUAAGAAGCUGUUAAAUAGACGCAGUCUCGGGGAGCUCCGACAACAGAACCUCACUUCAGGCCUAAGUCCAGGAUUUCAUGAUAGUCGAGCAAAGCUGCAGCGGGCUCAGACUACCGACUUCCUUAACAAAAAGAUUGUCAAGCGCCCGGACGCAGUGAGCCUGGUGCACAACAAUAUUCUGCGAACUGGAAACAGCGCCGGAACUAAAUUUAUUUCAGAUGUGGACCCCAGCUUGAUAUCCAGGCAGAACGAGCUGGCUAAGGCCCAGCUCGGAGAUGGAAUCAAACAGCACCUCGAAACAAGGCCAGGCCCGCUGGAGCUGGUCCAAAACAACAUUAUGCAGCUGUCAGAGCCCUUAAAUAAUGUGAUCAAGAGCGGACAGGUGGCAUUCAAGGCGAACAGUCGCCACCCCAGUUUUAACAAGUACCGAGAUCAGUACUCUCCGGAGAACUUCUACGAUUCUGUUCAAGCUUCUCCUGAAAACGCUCUGUCGCCUGAGAGCCAAGUUUCGGAUGAUUUUGGAUCCUAUCAAGAUGAAGUUCGACUAAACGACCUCGGUCCCCCUAGCAACGGUCCCCCUAGCAACGAGUCCGUCUCCUCAAACUCUACACGCACUAAACACGCUUCCGGCGCUAAAAACUCUCCUAAAGUUAGGCUCACUGCUAGCUACAUGAUAUCAUAUCUCUCCACCAUCACGCACAACAAGAACAUCUCCAAUAUUCUGGGGACUUCACCGCGAAUCAGCUGCUUGCCUACCACCGAUAUACUUCACAACACUUACAAUUUCUAUGUUAAUAAACUUGAGAAACCUUGUCGGUCCUCCCGCAAGAUCACUCGGAAAAACCAAAAAGCCAAGGUAUGGAAGUUCAAAUAUCACGAGUACAAGCCGCCCGGAUCGAAAGAGAAGGAUAAGAACGCCGCUGACAAAGCCAAGAAGAACGAGACCCCUCAUGAGAUAAUCAUGAAGCAGCAGCAGCUUCUCCUUCAACUACAGGUUAUGCAGAAGAACUAUCCGAACUACAUCCUACCCAAGACGUUAGAUCUCCUGAACGAGCUUAAGGAGAAGUCAGGGAACACUGCACCGUCGGAGAGUCAUCUUAAUGACAUGAAGGUGUCAGCGCUGAAGGAAGAGCUGAAGAAGAGGAACCUGCACACGUACGGCAAUAAGAGCCAGCUGGUAGAGCGACUCCGCCCUUAUGUGGACAAGGACAUUUCCUCCUCCAGCCCCAACUCUAAUCGCAGCGGUAAAGACCCGUUACAGCGUAGUAACAGUGAGGGUGACAUGUUGGCCUCCCCAGAGAGCGUACUCUCCUCUCAGCCCCAGAGGAAAUCCUCGCAACCCUUCUUGUCACUGGAGGAACAGAACAACCUGAGAAACAGUCAUAUCUCUCCGGGGGGCCUGGUUAAUAGUAACCCUUCCAGCAAUGACGUUGUAGAUGAGAACUGUUCUAUAAUUGAUAACCUGGGGUCCCUGAUGGUGGAGAGUCAGGACGAGUACAGUAACCACGGUAGUCAUGGUAGCAUGCACAACGAGGACAUGUAUAACCCCAGACCUGGGAGAGCCAUCAGUUCCGAGCAGCCGCCCUCCUAUCAGCUACCUCAGGAAGCAACGAAUCAGUUUAACGCUACCACGUACUCCCAGCUACUGAGCUCGGAGCAGCAACAUGUGGAGGUACCCCAGCCCAUGAUGGGCCAGCAGCCGCGUCCACCAGCCCAGCAGCCAGGUCUACAACAACAGUACAUCCAGCAGUUCCCGGGGCAGCAGGUGCACGGUGUGAUCACCUCUCAACAUGCUCAGGUGAACAACACUAACCAACAGAGACCACAGUUCCAGUACUCUCAGCAGCAGCCUCAGCAGCCUCAGCAGCAACAGCAGGGAAACUAUCAGGAUAUGAUUCCUAUCUCUCAGGUUCAAGAAAUGAUUCCUAUCCCUCAAGUGCAGCCCAUUAAUACUAACAACAUGUAUUUUAACAUGCAGACCCAGUUCCGAGCUAGCAACCCUCCUACAGCUCCGGCAAAUCACCAAGUUGUCCAGCUUACCACUCAGCCUCAGUACAUGAUAAUCCAACAACAACAACAGCAACAACAACAGCAACAACAGCAGCAACAACAGCAACAACAACAACAACAACAACAACAACAACAACAACAACAACAGCAGCAGCAGAGUAACCGGCCCAUUGCUCAACAGUUUGCAUCGAGGAACGAACAGUACGCUGUAGUACCCCCUCAGUACUUGAACACGUCCCUGCAGCAGCUGAGACAGGUACAACAGCCCCGCUAUGUGCAGCAACAAGUCCACCAGCAGAGACUCAACACCCAGUACCAGGCCCAGGCCGGCCCUGCUCAACAUCAGACUGCCCCAGAUUCGCUGUCAAUAGAUAACAAGAUAGAUAACAAGAACAACAUCUCAACCCCUGAUGUGAUCAGUAUUAUCCUGGGAUCUCCUAACACUACACCAAUGCUGAAGAAGGGGGACAAGGUCGGGGACCCUUUCAACACUCAACACCCAGGUGGUCCUAAAGAGGAACCGCAGCUCAAUCAGUACAACAGGUACAACUCCAACCAGACAGACAGGCGAAUGCUGGAGAGACAAGUGCUGGACAGACAGGUUGGCGAGAAGCCAGCAGACAGACAGAUGUCAGCAGAUGACUGGCUGGGUGCCAAUAUGCCGCAGGAUCUCCUAACGCCUGAUACGGCUCAUUUCUCUAAACUAGUCACCCCCGGCGGAGAAAGCGUAUUUGAGUUUUCCAACGACCAUCUCCUGCAAAACUCGUGCAACAACGACCAGCUGUUGCUAGGUAACCGUCCUGCUACCUCGCAGGGCUGCGAUGUGACCACGUGGGCAGUCACGUGACGGUGACCUGGUCUAGGGACUUCUUCUGUGUGUGGUGACUGCUGUACUGGUAGAGCAGUCCUCGUGCUCUCUCAUCAAAGGACCGAUCUCAUUGUACCAUCGAGGUGUUGCUAGGUUACCGCCCUUCUCAACUGUUUCAUUUCUACGCCGUGUUCUGUACGUCCCCGGGUUUUGUCCGUUAAAAGACGAGGCCAGCGCGAAGAGCUAGGAUUGGUUUCUUAUUUGCUAAUAAGUUUGCGUUAAUUCUCUUCAUUAAUCAUGUUGUCUGGAGAGGGACUAUGUGACUUGUAGACUCUUUCAAGUACAAUGGUAACCAUGACUACAAGUACAAUGCUCAUGUUUUUCCCUAGGACUCAUCGAUUUCUUCUUAACAAUUGUUUGUUUCAUAUUGACAAUCAGCUAUGUGUGCUUCAUAGUGGCAAAAAAGCCAUACUUAUGUGUCAUAUUGGCAAAGAGCCAAAUGUGCAUCAUAAUGACAACUUAGUGUCUCAUAAUCUUGCUAGGGUUUUGUGUAAGCGUGUAAGAUGUGUGUCACCGAAACUCUCUCGUACACAUAUUACAGGUGAUAUGUUUGUAGUCUUAUAGCUGUCUUCGUGAGCUGCUUUUUAUUUCACGAACCUCGUGAGUUCCCCGGCGGAAGAUGUCACUACUGGCAGGAAGACACCGCGCAUUCAGUUUGACACGUGCAGGGAGACGCCGCGCAUUCAGUUUGACACGUGCAGUUUUUUACUACGUGUUGUUUUAUACCACGUGAUAGCUCCAAAACAAUACGAAUACAACCGAUUAAGUGUGCACUGUCAGAUGGCUCUUUUCAGUGUGAAUCUGCACCGUCUCCCUGGCAACCGUCUCCCUGGCAGUAGCGACAUCUUUUAAAGUGUGGGGUGUUUUAAGGGAUUAUAUCUUUUUAACUUUUUAAAUAGCGCUAAAUUAUGUUCGCUUCCCGAGUCGUGUUUUUACGUCCGCUCACCCUAUAGAAUGUAGAAUACGUAGUGGCCCCCUUUUGGUGAAAGCUUAUAAGUUUUAGUGAGGCAUGAUUCUUCUCGACAAGGUUAACAAAAAGUAAUUUAAAUUAACAGCAAAACUAUAUUGUAUACUAUUUGCCAUUUUUUAGAAGUUUUAGUACAAUUAUUUAACUUGUUUAAAGAUUUUGUGAAGUUGUAAACGUGUCUAGAAGAAUCGUCACCCCACGUUAUUUGAUGUACAGAAUAUGUUGUGUAAAAUUGUUUUUACGUAGAACUCAGGUAGAAUAAUAUAAUAUGAUAUAAGGGCCCCCAAUAUAAUAUAAGGGCCCCCAGCUUGGCUGCUGAUAAUUGUGGCGCCAUUUUGAUUGUCAUUUAAUUGAUAAUACAAUUUAGCUCAAUGUGCAAAAUGUAAAUAAAUCAUGUUUAAGUAAUUUCCACAGUACCCGUAAAAUUAUAUAAUGAUAGAGAAUAUUGAUCAAGUUGUUUAAAUUAUCUUCGAAUGGAAGUAAAGAUUAAACAAUCAUAGUUUAACAUUGUUGUUUUCUGCAAACAUUUGGAUGUCGAGUUUUAUGUACAAUUUAAAGUUAUGUUAAAUUUGUGUUUUUAUAGUACCUUAUCAUUGCAUCUAUACAUGAGAUAUUAUCUUUUCAAUGCCACAUUCUUACAUUUUGAUAAAACGUGCUCCUCAAAUAUUCCAAAAUUCAUGUGAUUAUCACAAUACACACCUCAGAUAGUUUUGGAGGUUUUUUAUCCUAGAAUUUUAUGAUUUUCAAAAUCUCUUGUAAAGAUAUUCGAGUACACAUUUCAAGUUCAAUUCAGCAUGUUGCCAAUUGUCAACUACGGACGGAUUUUACGUGUAAAAAGCUGACCUAAGGUAUUUUGUAACCCAAUUACGGCUUAUGUUACCUUACAAAUUAUUAUCUUAUCUAUUCCAUUUUUGUAUGAUCACUUGAAUCGGUGCUUUUCAUCACAAUGAAAAACGAAAAAUUGUAAAUUUUAGAUUUUUUCAAACGAACUCACAUUAUCCAAAGAUGGAUUGAUAUUUGACCGCUAAUAAGACCGAAUAAAAAUCUAGCAACAUGGACAAAGGAAAUUAAAAUUUAAAAACCCAUAUUUCAUCUUGAGCUCUCGACUUCACAUACUUAGAGCCCAUUUUCCUAUAUUUCAUAUGACUGCUAGUCUGUCUCAAUUAUAAACAUGCAGCACAAUU